CGUUCCAAUUCUGCCAUCAUAUAACAGUUACCAUACUCAUUCAAGCCGAAGGCCCUUAGCAAGCAGGCUCGAAAAGGAAAUUUGUCCUUUUCCUACUUUAGCUGAAAAUGGUGACAGUCCUCCGCCUUUUAACCGCUUUACUUUCUAUGAGCUGUUGGAAGGAAAUAUCUGGGUUACAAAUGAUCACUCAGCCGAAUAAAACGACAAUCUCCUUCAUUGGAUCUAAUCAAACAUUUGCCUGGAAUUUCAUUCUCACUGAGGAGGACAAAGCAAAGGAAUUGAAAGUUACUUUUGCUCACUGGAGUAACGAAUACAACAUGAUAGAAGGCGAUCACAUGGUAACAUUUGUUCGAAAACCAACAGGAAAUGAAGCAGUAUAUAAAGGAAGUCUCUCAAUCGCAAAGCGUUUUCAUUGGGUGGGAGACAUGGCACGCGGUUUCGUGGCUUUUCAACUUAUCAACGUUCAAGCAAAAGAUGCUUCAGAUUAUGGUAUCAGGUUCCGCGUUGAUGGUUUUCCUCCAGACACGGAUGAAAGUGGAUUUACACUCUCUGUGCGGGAUCUGCCUCCAUCGCCACCAGAACCUGCAAACAUAACCGUGAGGAUCGUGGAGGGGAAAACACUCAACAUCACCUGUCGUGCCAGAAUGGAGUCGGAAAGUUCGUUUGUUUUGUGGCUGAAAGAUAACUGGCCCAUCAAGAGAGGACGGAAAAAAUUCCUCUUUAUUCAAAGCAUAAAGAGAUCGCAAGCAGGAGACUAUAUGUGUGUGUCGCUGUCCCAGGACGGAAAUCACAGCUCACCUUUCACUGUAGUUGAUGUUUUAUUUGCACCGAAAAUACUCAAACCUAAUAAACAAGUGUCCAUGGAAUUAACGAGGGGAAAUUCGACCACACUUAAGUGUACAGCCUCAGCAAAUCCUUACCCAGCAUUAACUUGGCAUACGCAAGGUGGUGAGAUCAAGCAAGGAGUUUCAAAUACCUUAAACUCAAGUUCCUUGAUAGUCACUCCAAGAAAUGACAGCGACUUUACAAGUUACAUGUGUAUAGCAAAAAAUGGGAUAGGAUUUGACUCGGUGACGUUCAUGUUAAACGAAAAGGCAUUCAGAACAACGGACCAUGCCAAGCCUAAAAAAACUCACGAAGGAGCUACGCCAGGAAAUCAUGACAAAGAUACACUCACCAAAUACCUGUCCAUAACAGCGGCCUUAGCUGUUAUCACGAUCUUCGCUUUUCUCAUUCAACGAUAUGUGGCUAAAAGAUCCAGAGGACAGACAAAUCAACGAGGAUGUGAGGAAGCCGAUGAGAGUCACAUAGGGUCUUUGCAAAGUAACGAGCUUGUUCGACAUGGUGCUUACAACUUGUCUUUCUCGGGUGAUCCUGAGUGGGAAAUACCGCGAACAAGGCUGAAUGUAGAGAAGGUUAUUGGGCGUGGUGCAUUUGGCGUGGUGUCUCGAGGCUUGGCGCUGGACUUGCCAGGAAAACCAGGAUGGACUGUUGUAGCAGUGAAGAGUGUCCAAGAGGAUGCUUCAGAAAAAGAGAAGUUAGAUCUGCUGUCAGAGAUGUCAGUCCUUAAACACCUUGAUCCUCACCCUCACGUCAUUAACCUGUACGGCUGUGUCACUACUGAAGCCCAACCCCUCGUAGUGGUCGAGUAUGCGCAGUAUGGUGACUUGCUUGGAUACGUGAGGAAGAGCCGAGGAGUUCGAGAUAACUACUACAGUGAUCCUUCGGUAGAGCCUCGCACCAACCUCACUUCCAAGCAGUUACUUCGGUUCGCAUGGCAGAUCAGUGACGGAAUGGACUACUUGUCCAAGAGAAAGAUCAUUCAUCGCGACUUGGCCGCGAGAAAUGUUUUGGUUGGCGACGAAGACGUUUGCAAAAUCACGGAUUUUGGAAUGGCCAGGGAUGUCUGGGAAGAAGACAUAUAUGUUCGAACCCAUGAGGGCCGUCUUCCGAUUAAAUGGACAGCACCAGAGGCUCUGUUUGGAAAUGGUUCUUAUACUACUCAGAGUGAUGUGUGAGUUUUUUUAUUUCUUCUCAAGACUCUAUACAUAAACAGUCGAACAAAUAUCACCAGAUUCUAUUGAAAAGUUUUCUGAAAUAAGCAAAGUGACAGUAUUUUGAAUUGAAAGCAAGAAGAUAGCUAGGGUCCAGGGAAUCUCAGCUACAGUUAAAAUGAUAAAAUAGUCA